ACAUAACACAUACAAUUAGUCACACAAAAUCAUAUCGAUAUAUUGUCAAUAUAUAUACGUUACAAUUCUAUAUAUCGACAUAUCCACACAUACAUAUGUAUCCUCGAUCAUUCACCUAAUAAUAUCUAGUCAAUAAUCAAAAACAGAUUCAAUAUUUGAAUUUUGAUAAGUAUUCGUGAUCCUUAUUCGUCAAUAUCAAACCUACAAUCCAUUUAUUCAAGCUACAAAGUUCAACACAUAUACAAAAUUUGAACCAAAGUUACAGAAUUCUACAAAAUCCAUAUGUCAUAUAUUGUACGUCUACCAUUAAACCGAUUCAAUACCAACUAUCACUAAUACACACGUGAUAGAGUACGUACAUUACCGAUAUCAGUAUAUAUAAGUUUAAAUUUUGUGUAUAUGGCUGACACUUCAAAUACUACAAAGUCAAGAACAAAUACGAAACAUCAUGUAUAUCGCGGUAUACGAUGUAGAAGUGGGAAAUGGGUGUGUGAAAUUAGAGAGCCACGUAAGACAAAAAGGAUAUGGUUAGGUACAUACCCUACACCACAAAUGGCUGCUGCUGCCUAUGAUGUUGCUGCCUUAGCUCUUAAGGCUACUCAAAAUAUUGUACUCAAUUUCCCUCAUCUUGUUGAUUCAUAUCCAAAGCUCCCUCCCUCUCCAUCUCCGGCUGAUAUACAACGUGCCGCGGCCACCGCCGCUGAGGCAAUGGCCUCACUAGGCUACGAUGACGAUCGGUCGUUAGAUAGGAGAGAUGGAGCUAUAGGUAACGAAAGGGGUUCAACUGAAUAUCCUUCGUCAUCAGGAAAUUAUGAUAUGCAAAUAGGAGAUGCGCAAACGACGAUGGGUGAGGAUGAAUAUGUUGAUGAGGAAGCAUUGUUUGAAUUUCCAAAUUUGGUUGUGAAUAUGGCGGAAGCAAUGAUGCUAAGUCCCCCUAGAAUAAACUCGUUUCCAUCGGAAGAUUAUUCAUCGGGGGAUUUCGAUACUGAAAGUCUUUGGAGCUACUAAAGACUAUCGAUGAUCAGAGACGAAUUUAGAAUUCAAAGUUAAAUGGAUUCAAACUCAAAAAACGUAAUUUUGUUCGUAGGCACAAAGUAGCUAGUAAUGUAUAUGUAUAAAAAAAAAAGUAAUUCAAGAGGAAGUUUGUAUUCAAA